AUGAAAAGCCCCAAUCUUCCUCUGCAACCUCAUCCGGAACCUACGCAGAUCCCGAAUCCAGGACACAGUCAGAUGAUGGUGCCUACGGGUUUCGCAGCGCAGCUGCGAGCAGUACAAGACAUACAGCAAGAGCAGGCAGAGCGUAUUUCCAGAUUGGAGCAAGAGAACGCGAAUCUCAGGAAUUUUGAACGAAGCGUCAUCGACGUCGCCGAUCGCGUCCGAGCACUUGAGCAGCACAAAGCCUAUAUUGCCGCGAAACGUAGGGAGGCAGUCGGCCAACUUCUCAACAUGCGAACCCUACACCAAGAAGCCGACAACGCGUUUCAGCUGCGUACAUCAGACAUGCAACCAGAUGAUCUCGAAGGCAUAUUGGGAGUGUACGGCACCAUGUUGACCACCACAAUGAACCACCAUCAGCGUGUGCUUGCACAAACGCGUGCAAACGGCCACUUCCCCACCUAUGCAACACCGAUUUCACAGACUCAGCAGUUGACUGCACCAAUGCAGUAUCGCCACGCGUAUCCAGCUGCGUACUCCGAACAUGGGUACUGCUAUGCCCAUAACAUGCCUUACCACUGUCGUGUUUGCAGUAAGUGA